GCUGAAAGUUACUGUGGGAAAGAAAGUUUGGGAAGUUUCACACGAGCCGUUCGCGUGCAGUCCCAGAUAUAUAUAGCGGCCGCCAGGGCAGAGGAAGAUCACACAGGACACGGAGCUGGUGCCGCUAACAGAGGAAUCCCCAGCUCUCCCUCUCCUUGGUCCUGGAAUACGCUGCCGACUUUAAAAAAAAAAAGUAGCCAGCGACAGCAUCGGCCCCCGGCGCUUGCGAGAAGAGCCCGGAUUGACUGUCGGAAAGACGUGGUGCAAAGUUUCCUAGCAAAGGGACGUAAACGGCCCCCAAGCCGCCCCCUUUUCCGCAAGAUCUUUAAAAGGACUAAAAAUAGCGCUCCCGAGGGACCUUUGAUUUUUCCCGAGAAACAGAAAAUGCCAGCGGAUAUCAUGGAGAAAAGUUCCUCCUCCCCCGUGGCCGCCACCCCGGCCAAUGUCAACACAACGCCCGAUAAGCCAAAGACUGCGUCGGAACACAGGAAGUCGUCCAAACCAAUCAUGGAGAAAAGGAGACGAGCGCGAAUUAAUGAGAGCCUGAGCCAGCUGAAAACGCUCAUCUUGGACGCCCUUAAAAAAGACAGCUCCCGGCACUCCAAGCUGGAGAAGGCGGACAUCCUGGAGAUGACGGUGAAGCAUCUCCGGACCCUGCAGCGAGCCCAGAUGACUGCCGCGCUCAGCACCGACCCGACCGUCCUGGGCAAGUACCGCGCCGGCUUCAGCGAGUGCAUGAACGAGGUGACCCGCUUCCUGUCGACGUGCGAGGGGGUGAACACGGACGUCCGCACGCGCCUGCUGGGCCACCUGGCCAACUGCAUGAGCCAGAUCCACGCCCUGAACUACCCGCCGCCGCCGCCGCCGCCGCCGCCGCCGCCGCACCCCGCGCUGCCGCCCCCGGCGCCCGGCGGCCCCCACGGCCCCCCCUUCGGCCAGCCCUUGGUGGCGCUCCCCGGGGCCGCGGCGCCCCCCGGUGGCGGCGGCGGGGGCGCGGCGGGCACGGGCAGCGGGAGCGGCGGCCAGUGCAAGCUGGGGGCUAGCGCCGCGGCCGCCGCCGACGGGGCCAAGGUGUUCGGCGGCUUCCAGGUGGUGCCGGCCCCCGACGGGCAGUUCGCCUUCCUCAUCCCCAACGCGGCCUUCGCGCACAGCGGGCCGGUGAUCCCCGUGUACACCCACGCGGGCGGGGGCGCCGCGGGCGCCGCGUCCCCGUCCGGCGGCCCCUCGCUCACGGCCGACUCGGUGUGGAGACCCUGGUGAAUCGGGACGAGGAGGAAGCCGCCCACCCAGAAAAACGAGCGGGGCCCCGGUUCUCCCCGCUCCCAGCCCACCGCACCCUUCCCCAGACACACCCUCUGCAGGGCCUGGACCUUUGGGAGAGGGACAGCCAGACAGCCAGACAGACGGCCGAGCUAGUGAGAUGGUCCCCCGGGACCCGGGGCUUGUUUUCUAAGCAGUUGUGACAAGUUAACCUUUGUGUAGAGCGUUGGAUCGAGGGACUGGCCAUGCCCUAUGUUUGUAUAUAGUUUACGUGUUCAUAUUGGAUGGUGCGCCUUUGUACGAUGCGAGUUCAGGUGACAUUUCGUUUUUUACACGAGAUCCCUUUUUUAUGUGAUACCAAAGAUAGCUGAAAAUGCUCUGACGAAUGUUCUUCCUUGGGGGAAGUUUUAUUGGAGAAAGGAGAAGAAUAAAACAAAACACGACCAGA